AUGGCGAGCACCACGACCACUCCACCGCCCACUGGCGGCACUGCGAGCAACACCAACUGCACUGCUUGUGGCGCCAUCGCCCCUCGUCCACAUCUCACCUGCUUCGACUGCACAGAAGGAGUCAACGUCAACGGAGAUGUCGACUCGAUCCAGUACUGCACCGCUCGCUGCCGCGAUGUGGCCGCUGCCGAACACAAGGGUGAUUGCGAGAAGAGGAACGUUCGCAAGCAGAUCUAUCGCGCUGGCGAGCUGCUUCAAUCGAGCUUCUACAAAUUUCAAGAUUUGAACUUCAUCACUCAGAUCAGCCAGACGAAAAAAGAGAAGGAUAUCCUGUACUACUACGAGGUAGCACCGUUCCGCCGCACGACCGUGUUUGAGACCUCUCCGUACAAGAUCACCAGCGAUGCUAAUGAUGCACAUGCCAUCAUGAGCAUCUUUCGAUGCGAUCUCGCCCUCGGCACUCACUUUAAGCUCAGCAAAAAGUUACUUGGAGGUAUCUCGAAGUACAUCGAAGAGGUCGGGUUUGACGACGUGGCGGGCAAGCUCAAGACAAAGCUGGUCUAUCCUAACGGGCGUGUGCACGAGUCCUCCUGCGGGCAUGAAGUCCUUUGUGUUCAGACUCAUGCCGACGAGUCGUACGUAAUCGAUAUCACCGGCGCUCAGUAUGGCCAAUUCGAGGCCGUUCUUCCUCUUGACACAGCAGUCAGCUUCUACGGAAAUAAGUUGUCCGCGAUUUGGCCACACGGCCACUACUCAGCGCAGCUUCUGAGGGAGACAUUGCGACAUCUCGCUGGCGGUACCGGUAUCAGUCCGCGCGACCGCAUCAUCCCAGCAUACAUGGCAACUUUGUUCAACAAGCUCUUGGCGGCCUGGGAGAAGUCUCAUGCCACUCACAUCGGGACCUUGCUCAACUCUAAACAGAACGAAUACAAACUGCUCGAAGCUACGAUCGAGAAGCUGGUUGUAGAAGCAAGCCUUCAAGGCCGACUUGUGCUCAGAAAGAACCCGCCAAUAAAAGUCUUUCCGCUCAUUGAUUAUGCAGAUAACGUGCAGGGAGCUUUGGACAAGCCAGUAGUCACGGUCAUCUCAAAAGAGUACACAGGUUCUCGCAUCGCCAAGAAGUACCGCAGACACGUGCUGAACAGGGAACGUCGCGAGCGACCAGAGAAGUGGAAGAAUGUGAUUCAACCAACAUUGGCCCGGAACGGCUCAAUCAACGUUUGGGUGGAUUCAGAGUCCAGGACCCACGAGAGAAUGUCGAGUAUGAAAUCCGAGUACGGCGAGGCAUUCAUGACAGCUCAGAUGGCUAUUAUGGAAAAAGCUGCGACCUACUGGACCCACGAGGCUUUGGCGAACUGA